AUGGCACGAAGACACCAGCCAAAUGCAAAGUCCUUCACAAAGACGCUAUGUGGCAUCAGGAAACUGAAGGAGGGGGUUGUACCAACAGUUUUUACAUGGUUCCCGAUCAAGCCUGGCAGGCGGAAGAUUGUUAGAACAGCAAGUCAUGUUGCCACUGCCACAGGUGGAGAGGAUGCACUGGGUGAAGAAUCAGAUGAGUCAAGUCACUCAGUGGGACAAGACCCCCAAGAGGACAUUGCCUGCACAUCAAGCGAAGUAGAGACAAGCUUGCCAUACGCAGAUCAUGACUAUACUCAGCGGCCCCUGUCCUUGGAGGAGCAGCUUCAAGAGGCCUGCAAGACCAUCGCUCGCCAGGAAGAAGAAAUAUCGACACUUCGUAGCAACCAGUUCCUCCUCAAACGCUUUCAGUGUGAUGACAAACAAAUCCAGUUCUACACAGGAUUCAGAGACUAUAGUACACUCAAAGCUGUGUUUACAGCUUUACAACCUACAGCUGAGCACAUGGUGAGAUGGAGUCAAGCACAGAAGGUAAAGCAAGCCGGUGAGCACAUUAGACAGGGAUUUAAUGUGCAAAGCCUAGCUUUAAUUGACCAAUUUUUUCUUUAUCUUUCCCGUGUGAGACUGGGCUGUCUACAGCAGGACCUCGCUAAUCGCUUUAACGUAUCACAAUCAACCGUCAGCAGAAUAUGUAUCACCUGGACAAACUUCCUCUACUUCAUGUUGGGAUCGCUCCUUAUUUGGCCUUCAAGAGAGUCUGUAAAUGAUCUUAUGCCUCAAUGCUUCAAAAGUACAUUCCCAAAGAGUUAUUUUAGAUUGCACAGAGAUACAUGUACAAAAACCAACCUCAAAAGUACUGAAUUCAGAAAUGUACUCCCAUUAUAAAGGAACUACAACCUUAAAGUCCCUAAUUGGUAUAAGUCCAUCAGGUUUAAUUACAUUUGUUAGUGACCUAUAUACAGGAUCGAUAUCAGAUAAGGAAAUUACCAGGAAGUCAGGCAUUCUCUCUUUCCUUGAGGAAGGGGAUCAGGUGAU